CUUUGACGUCACUUAUAUCGAAAGUACACUUCGAUCAUAUGAUUCACUUAAUGCAUGCGCAUAUAUGUUAGUAGGGUGUUUAGGGUGUUAAUGAAACAGAUCCAAUAAAAAUUACAUAGAUGAAAAAUACAAGUUUAAGUAUCAAGAAUAAAUAAAUAUUAUUCAUUUUUUCAAAAUAUUGAAAUUACGUUACAUUUAUCGAUACGUAUCCCCUUGGUGCGUGUCAUGCGGCGUGUAUGUGUGUGUGUGCGCGCGUGUAUGUAUUUGUGAAAUGAAUUUCUUCUUCGCUUAUACUUAACCUCCGUCGUCGUUGUUGUUGUGUAAAUAAAACUGUGGAGUAAACUCAAUAAGAAUAAAAAAUCAGAUAAUAUAUAUGGCGGCGGAAGAAAUAAAUUGUAACACUGCAAUAACCUCUUCAGAAGACACGAAGCAAUCUGUUACUAGUACAUCCCAACAUGCAGAAUCAAAUAAAGAGCAGAACGUUAUUAGGCCAAAUGAACAAACAAGUCGUCCCAAUAAUUUACAAAGAAUUCAACAAAGAAAGCAGCAAAUGUUUAGUUGGCCACAAACGAAAAAGAUAUUGAAAUUAGCAACUUAUAGUGCCUGUCAGGUUGUAGAUUGUAAAUGUACCGGUUGGAAAAAUCCGCAACCUUUAAUGAAAUCACCUAAAAAUGAAGUACAACAAUCUGUUACCAAUGUCUUUGACCCGUGCAAAUCUUGUACUCACAUUUUAAAAAGUCAUAUCACUCAUUUACCUGCUCAGUCAGAGGAAGAAAUUAACAAGCUAUUGGGUAUGGUGAUUGAUGCGGAUAAUAUAUUCAUGGGGAUACAUAGAGAAGAAGACCCGGAUACAAAAAAAGUAUAUUUUUAUUUAUAUAAGCUUCUAAGAAAAUGCAUACUUUCUAUGACAAAGCCAACGAUAGAAGGUCCUUUAGGUCAACCUCCUUUUGAAAGACCUAGUAUAGCAAAAGCGGUGAUGAACUUUGUUUUAUAUAAAUUUGGUCAUUUAUCUCAAAGAGAAUGGCAAGCUAUGUGCGAUAUGGCAAAAAUGUUUUUACAUUGUUUGAAUCAUUGGAACUUUGAAGCACCUAGUACUAGAAAAGCAACAGUCAAUAGCGACGAAGCACCGGCUUACAAAAUAAACUAUACGCGAUGGCUUGUUUUUUGUCAUGUACCUGCAUUUUGCGAUUCUUUACCUCAUUACGAUACACCAUUGGUAUUUGGUAGAACUUUGUUACAAGCUGUUUUUAAACCAGUCUGUAGGCAAUUAAUGGAUAAAUGUCACAAUGAAAGAGACAAAAUAACACCCGAAAAGAGAGUUCUCGUCUUGACGCAUUUUCCAAAAUUUCUUUCGAUGUUGGAAGUAGAAAUUUAUUCAGACAAUUCUCCGAUUUGGGAUCCUGAAUUUAAACAAGUACCUCCUUCACAUUUACAAGUUAAUUUAGACCAAAAAGGAAGUCAAGGAAGGAGGACGGGGGAAUUUGAAAAAGUUACAGUUGUUCCAAAUGACAAAGACAAUUUUACAACGAUAAACAUAAGUCCAGGGAUAAAAAGACUUCACGAUAAAAGAUCACAUUCUGAGAGUCGAUUAGAUGCAAAAAGAAGAAAAAACGAAGAAUCUUUUGAAGAUCUUGCUGACGAAACUGUUGCGGAAAUAGUUGCGACUAUCAAUGAUCCUAAUUACAUGAGCGGGCCCGAUGCUGUAUUUCCGCCAAAUACAGCACGAGACGAGACUGCAAAGAUAGAAGAGAGUAGGAAGAUUAUUGAAUUUCAUGUUGUAGGAAAUAGUCUAACGCAACCAGUUUCAAAACAAACGAUGCUUUGGUUGAUCGGUUUACAUAAUGUUUUUAGCCAUCAGCUACCUAGAAUGCCAAAAGAAUACAUAUCUCAAUUAGUUUUUGAUCCGAAACAUAAAACUUUAGCAUUAAUAAAAGAUGGACGUCCUAUUGGUGGUAUAUGUUUCCGCAUGUUUCCAACUCAAGGUUUUACAGAAAUAGUAUUUUGUGCAGUUACGAGUCAAGAACAAGUAAAAGGAUAUGGUACACAUCUAAUGAAUAUGCUUAAGGAUUAUCAUAUAAAAAAUAAUAUAUUACAUUUCCUAACAUUCGCGGAUGAAUUUGCUAUUGGGUAUUUUAAAAAGCAAGGCUUUAGCAAAGACAUAAAGUUACCACGUGCGAUGCAUCAAGGAUAUAUUAAAGACUAUGAAGGUGCUACAUUGAUGCACUGCGAAUUAAAUGCUAAAAUUGUAUAUACAGAAUUCACAGCGGUUAUAAGAAAACAGAGAGAGAUAAUUAAGCAAUUGAUUCAGCAAAAGCAAGAAGAAAUUCAAAAAGUUCAUCCAGGUUUAACAUGCUUUAAAGAAGGUGUCAGAGGUAUACCGGUAGAAUCUAUUCCUGGUAUACGUGAAACUGGAUGGAAAAGUUGUGCUCAAACUAGAACGAGAGGUGUAGCCAAAGGAACUCAAGGACCAGAACCGAUGGAAGCGUGCUUAGAUAUUACGGAUUCUUUGUACACUGCGCUAAAAAAUGUCCUAAAUAGUGUGAAAAAUCAUAGUGCAGCAUGGCCGUUCUUAAAGCCGGUAGAUAAAAAUGAUGUACCUGAUUAUUACGAUCACAUAAAAUAUCCAAUGGAUCUUAAGAGCAUGACAGAUCGUUUAAAAGCUAGAUACUAUGUAACUAGAAGGUUAUUUAUAGCCGACAUGACACGAAUUUUUACAAACUGUCGCUUAUACAAUAGCCCUGACACCGAGUAUUAUAGGUGCGCUAACGCUCUCGAAAAAUAUUUUCAAACUAGAAUGAAAGAAAUCGGGCUGUGGGACAAAUAAAAUCUUUCUUGCAUCUACAAAAAUAAAAGUAUUAUUUGACUAAAUGAACUCUCUUUAUACAAAUUCAAAUUGUAAAACAUCAACUGACUGGCUAAUGUACAUUAAUCGUUUUAGACGAUGAUCUUGCCGAUCGUAAAGUCGAUAUAAUUUAUUUUUGAACAUAACUCUCGAUGUAUUUGAAGUUUUCAAUUAAAAUCGUUGAAAAGAAAUUGAAUGGCAAUUUCGUCGUCAAUUCUACAAUUUUAGAAAAAUCUGAGGUGAAAGAUAAACUUGUUUAUCUAUUUAAAAAUAUUUUUAUUAUAUUUGUCAUAUUAAAGUAGAA